CAAACAUGGCGGACAAACCUCCUGACGUCUAUCCCGGGGUAAAGGUCAACUCGUAGAUAAACAUUCAUUAACUUCCGGUAUUGCUAAGUCUCACCCCUGCGCUGUUUGACUUUCUGAAGAUGAAGGCGAUACAGAAAGAGCACAUGAAGAUGACAGAGAGGAUUCUGAAUCAUGCUCUGGAGAUCAUCUACCUGUUGACAGGAGAGGAAUACACCGUUGUAAAGAAGAAUUCACCACACAGCAGUAUUAGCCUUCUGACCAGUGAGGUCCCUAUAAAGUGUGAUGAUGUUGCCGUCUAUUUCACUAUGGAGGAGUGGGAUUAUAUAGAGGGACACAAGGACGUUUACAAGGACCUGAUGAUGGUGUCUCCGCGGCACCAGAGGACUUUGGGGAUUCCAGCUCACGGGAGCUCAGAAACUGCACCAGUACACUCUGAUGACCUGGACGCUGCUUCAGUUGGUGGCCAACAAGGGGAAGAACGAGAAGAAAACAAUAUUCAGCACCUGGAGGAUCAUUCAGACCCUGGUUCAGGAGCGGAUAGGGACGAUGUUGUAUCAACUGGAGAGGAAGAUCUGAGUGUAAUGAGUGAACCAGAAGCUCCACAGGAGGAAAACACUGUCGGCACAGGUGAGAGUAACGCAGAACUAUCAUUUGUUGAGCCACUAGACGAAGUUAAUACAAAAAAUAAGCAGGAACCAGAGGAUCUAGAAAUCUGUGAUGUCCGUAACACAAGCUUUCCCUACUGUGUAAUGCCUAAGGAGGCAGGACCGACACCCUGGUUGGCUUCUGAUUUCUACUCUAGUUAUGAUGACUCUUCUUAUCCCCGGCCGCAGGACGGCGCACACAGCUUUUCCAUGGGAGACCCGGAUGGCAUCAUAGAAGAAGUCAGCAUUGGCCAAAUGUACCAAACCCAGCUGUAUUACUGCUCCGAGUGCCAGGAGUGUUUUACAUGUAAUUCUGACCUUAUAAAGCAUCGGACUGUUCACAAAGGUGGUAAAGUCCUGACGUGCUCUGUGUGCGGCAAACACUUCUCAUUUAAAUCUAAACUGCUCCGACAUCAGAGGAUUCAUACUGGGGAGAAGCCGUUUGUUUGUAAUCAAUGUGGGAAAAGCUUUGGCCAGAAAUCGCAGCUCAUCAUACAUUACCGGGGUCACACAGGGGAAAAACCGUAUGUUUGUUCGGAAUGUGGCAAAGGAUUUGGGCGCAAAUCGUACCUUGUUAACCAUCAGCGGAUUCACAAAGGAGAGAAACCGUUUCCUUGUUUAGAAUGUGGGAAAACAUUCAGCCAGAAGUCACAGCUUAUUUUACACCAGAGACGCCAUACUGGGGAGAAACCAUUUACAUGUCCCGAGUGCGGGAAGUCCUUUAGCUGUAACUCAAACCUUGUUACACAUCAGCGAACUCACGCACAUGAGUUUUUACGCAUUGUUAGCAUGGAUCCAUUAUCAGAUGUGAAACAGUCCCCUGUGUAAUGUAUCAAACUUAUUGGCUCUGACGAUAAUUAUUUGUGGUGCCCUCGGGCCGUAUAUAGGGCCACAUUAGCAAGCUAUAGCCUCACAUCAGUUAUAAGCCAGUGACAAUCAGAGCCAGGUAGAACUAACAAUCUCCUGUAUUAAUUGUGCUAUAAUAUUCUGCAUUUUUUCCAGCAAUAAAUCACUGACAACAA